AUGAGAAGACAUUUCACAAGUCAAAAGAACACUAACGCAAAAGCAGAGAUUACGGUUGGUUAUAACGUAAAUGAUGAUAAAUCACGAAUUAUUCAAAAUGUUAAAGUUAAUGUUAGCCCUGAAUUAACAAAGUCAGCAACUCAACCAAAUUUAUUAACUCGUGACUUACCAAAGAAUGAGGAGAAUGGAGACCCAAUCAUUUUAUCUGAACCCGGUAAAGAACCCGUUGAAAUCCCCACAUAUCCAACAUACCCCCCACCUCUUUCAUCAAACAUCGAGAACUCAGGAAUCUACGAUUACAGUCGCAAUACGCCAUAUAAAAUAGACAUUAAUUCUGAAUUAAUGAAAAUUUACCGUGAUAUAAUAAUUAAUAAUUAUGAUUCAAUAAUAAAUUUAAUUGAUCAAUCCGGUUUAAUUAUUUUACCUUAUGAAUCAUUAA